GUCCUCUCGGUUCCGAGCAAGUUAGAUCCCUGGAGCGUCUUUCCUUGUGCGUCCUAGAGCUACAGGCUGCUGUAGGCAGCCCCGAUGACGAAAAGCGUGUCCGUGACCUGCUCUAUUACAGAGUAUCUCCCGUUGCGUUCUCCCCAACUCGGCCCCCACCAUGGAAAACACGAUGGGUGAUCCCCCCAUAUCAGCUGUCUUGCUGGACCACUGCACUUUCUCUCAGGUCCACUUUAACAGUGUGGAGAAGUUCUAUGUCCCUGGAGGAGACGUCAUGUGCUAUUAUGUCUUUACCCCGCAGUUCACCCCUCAUCGCAAGGACUGGAUCGGCAUCUUUAAAGUGGGAUGGAAGACGACCCGGGAGUAUUACACCUUUAUGUGGGUUGCUGUACCCGACGACCUAAACAAGGAAUCCUCCAAGCAGCAGGAGGUCAAAUUUAAAGCCUAUUACCUGCCCAAGGAUGAUGAACAUUACCAGUUUUGCUACGUGGAUCUAAAUGGCGUGGUCCGGGGAGCAAGUAUCCCUUUCCAGUUCCGCGCAGAAACGGAGAACGACAUAGUGGUUGUUACCACUAAGGAGAGGGUGGAAGAGAUUGAGCAGCUCAAUGAGGAACUCUACCAAGAAAACCAGACACUGAAAGGCACUUGUGCCAGCCUUCAGGAGAUGCUCUCUGAGGCGCAGGCUGAGCUCCAGAAAAAGCAGGAGGCGUUGCAGGCCUUGGAUUGCUCCUAUAAGAGCUUAGAACAAGAUGUGGAAGAGCAGAAGGUCUGCUGGGAGAAUGAGCUGCUCCAACUGAAAGAAUACAACCAGAAGAUAGCCUCAGAAAAGGAGACUAUCGAGCUCCAAGUGGAGAAGCUUCAGACCCAGCUGUCAAGUAAAGACAGUGAACUGGAGAAGCUUGCUCAGCACGACAAAGAAAGGACAAGGCAGUUGGAAUGGUUCAAACAAGUUAACUGGGAGUACCGUACCCAAAUAACUGAACAGAGGAAGAAGCUUGAGCGGAUCCAGGAAAGGAUGAAGGAGGAAGAAACUGCCUCGAGGAAGAAAGACGAGCUCCUGAGGAAGAAAGAAGAGCACCUCCAGGAUGAGGUGUCUGACCUAAAAAGAAGGCUACAUCGCUGCAAGAUGGACAAUCAGGUUCUCUGCAAAGAGAAAGAGAAACUGGAAAAAGGAAUCUCUAACCUAGAAAGGGAGAAGAGUAAACUGAGCUUACUGAUUCGGCAACCUUCAGUCCAAGGAGCUGCUGAAAACAAUUCAGGCCUUUUCUAUGGAGACCCAUAUAUUGAAGAUCGUCGCAAACAAAACCUUUACUGCCUGAAAAUGUAGCCAUGAUUACAGCCCUGGAAAAAAAGGUAGAAGCUACAACCUCCCAAUUAAGGCUGAAAGCAAUCACUGACACCCUGGCACGCCAACUAUGGAGACUUUCAAGAUGCGUGUUUUUUCACUUGAGAAAGCCCGUACUUGAUGCUGGAGAAUUGAGUUCAAAGCUACUCUCAGGGAAAAUGGGGGAGGGGUCAGGGAAAAGGGGUUAUUUCUAUCUAGAUGCUUCUAAUUUGGCAUUUUCUGUUCCUUCCUAUGCACAAAAAAUGUAUUAUGUCACACAGCUUGGUCUGGAAAGAAGCAACCCUGUUGUAACAAAGUGCUCAGACCAUGGGCCUAAGCCACUGCUUCCUGUCCUAAAGUAGUCACUAAGAGACUUAGUGACUAAUUUAGGAACUGUUAAGAAGUAUCUGAGCUUGCAACUUUCAUAGUUGUGUAUGAUUGUAAGAAUGAGACUAUUGUUAAUCUUCUUAAUAUUUAAAAUAAACUACUUUUUAAAUGA